AUGCGAUUCUGGAAUGCUUUUGUCGCAAUCGCUCUAGUUCCGGUUGUCGCAGCUGACUUCUACUUCGGCCAGGUCGUGUGCUACGCCUGGAAUCUCAGCGUUGUUGAAACUUAUGCGACUAUGCUCCCCGCGAACAACAACAAAUGCCUCACUGCAGUGAAACCGGAUUCCGAGUACUACCAGCAGCAGCGCCACCAUGUAUACGGCUCCACAAUGACCGCGCAGAUUUGCGGUGCUAGCAUUACGGUGACACUUCACAACUCGCACACCCCUCCCUCUUGGACUAGCUCAGAUGGAGGAAGUGGAAGAUGUAUCAGCUUGGAUCCUAGUUUGAAGGGGAACCAACCACUUUGCGGCAAAUAUUUCCCUAAACUCGGCCUGUUACCAUGCGCAUACACGAUGAACGGCGUCUGCGAUUCGUACUUGUGCAAGUGACCAAUAACAGAAAUCCGAAAUCUUUGGCAUCUGGGACGCGCGCUAGCUGCCUUGUCACAAGACCUGUUUAUGUUCAGGGCCAGAGAGUACUGUAAAAUACGCUCGAAAUGAUGAUUGCCAUUUUCAUAAUUCAGAGAU